AUGCACACAUGCUCAGCAUAUCAACAUCGUACUCCAUAUGCCUCAUCUGGCUCACCACUCAGAGAGUCGCCUUCUUUCGCUUCUGGGUCGCCCGAUGGCGCUUCUCAUGUGGAUUGUUCAUUGGAAUAUCUAGCAGACCUCGUUAAAGAGAAGAAGGAUCUAGAGAUGUUCGUGGAUAACUUCCAGCAUGUUGAACGUCUUCUCAAUGAGGAGAUCUCGAGAGUGCGCGGAGCGUUGUUCCAAACAGAAUUUGUCACAGAACCAUUUGAUUUGCCGGAGCCUGUCGGGGAUGUGGUCACUAUCACAGAGAAAAUAUAUGUUCCCAAAAGAGAGUAUCCCGAUUACAACUUCGUUGGACGAAUUCUCGGACCACGUGGUAUGACUGCAAAACAGCUGGAACAGGAAACUGGUUGCAAGAUAAUGGUCAGAGGGAAGGGAUCAAUGCGCGAUAAAAGAAAGGAGGAAGCAAACCGAGGCAAACCAAAUUGGGAACACUUGGACGACGAACUGCAUGUGCUCUUACAGUGCGAAGACACUGAAAACAGAGCGAGAAUAAAAUUGCGCUCGGCUAUGGAUCAUGUGAAGAAACUUCUUGUACCAGCGGUAGCCAACUCGAACAGAAUCAUAACCCCUGUACCGCUUGUCUCUCCAAUACGCGCUCCUAUUUUCGUUUCGCCAACAAGCAGUCCUAACAACGGAGUGGUACAGGUAGUUAAUGGACCAGUAUAA